AUGAGCGUAGACGCCCGCCAUGUGUGCGGCUGCUGCCUCGCACCGGAGCCCGGUGUGCUGGCGGACACACACAGCAGCGGCCGAAACGUCGCGGUUGUGCACACACGCAUUGAGCCGGGGGUCUCGGCAGACCCGACGGUGCGCAUUCUGUCGCUCCCGCACGGCCGCUGCUACCGCAUCGCCGCACCAGCGCCAGUAGCAGCAGAAAGAGUGAAGCACCUCGCUGAAGUAAAGACGACGAUGCGAGCAGGUGUUCCUGCCGAAGAACAAGAGGACGAGGAGGAAGAGAACGGGGUGACGACAGAAAUGAAGCAGCAGCAGCAACAGAGUACGGCGCCAGCAGCUGGGCGGAGGGACGGACUGCUGCGUGGCGGCCGUGGUCCGCGGAACCGGAAGCCGUACACGCACUUCCUCUCGCUCCCCAUAGGAAAGCUGCCGGGCGUGCAGGCCAGUGCGGAGGCGCUGCUGCAGGCGAUAAAGCGCCGCUGUGUGGACCCGGGUGCGAUGGUCACGGAAGACAUCUUCACCACCGCGCCACGCAUGCACCUCACGCUGCUUAUGCUGUCGCUCCCCACGCGCGAAGCCCUUGCGAUGGCCGUGGAGUGCAUGCGGGUGCUGCAGGAGGAAGUGCGUCGCUGGCAGGCCGAAAAUUAUAACACCAACAAUAACAGUGGCAGCAACAGUCGCCCGGACAAGGACGCGGGGCUUCAGAUCCGCCUCGGCGGCCUGCACGUGAUGACGGGGCGGGGGCAGCAUGAAAAGAAGGCCGACGUGUUGUACAUGGGCCUCGCCGACGCCGCAUCGAACGCACGGGUGGCGGCGCUGCAGCAGCUCGUGCACAACUGCUUUGCGGAGUUCACGACGUGCGACCCGCGUGUGGAGGAAAGCCGGCAGCUGCAUAUGACGCUCAUGAACACCAAGUGGCGGCGCGACGGGGCGGUGAGUGGCGGUCAAGACACGCAGGCAAAGUGGCCCCCGCGUGUGCCGUUCGAUGCGACGCGAAUUCUGCGGGAGUUCGCGCAGGCGACGCUGUGUGGCGACGGCGCCGUCACGCUGGAGCGCAUUGAGCUCAAUGCGCUGGGCUACGACACGGCGCAAGAGAGUUACCCAUGUGAGUCUGUUGUUUCGCUGUAG